AUGUGGAGAAAUUUUAAGAAGCCAAGGCCUAUUUAUGUCAAAUAUGUAUUUUCCUCUGAACUUGCUGGUCAAAAUGGAAAUCUGGCAAGAGUUCAAAUGAAUGUUUCACUUCUUCCUCCCCCUCAGGAGAUUGGUAACUUGAGUUUUGACAAAGACAAUCAGUUAGCUGUAGAAUUUGUAAUUGCUGCAGCAAAUAUCAGAGCUUCUUCUUUUGCGAUUCCACUGCAUGGCCUUUUUGAGGCUGAAGGUAUUGCUGGCAAUAUUGUGCAUUCUGUUGCAACAACAAAUGCCAUCUGUUGA